UUUUACCUUUUUCAUCUUGCUGUAGCUUUUUUUGACUAGGUAAUUUGACAUUUUGACGUUGUACUUUCUUGCAGCAUCCUCCAAGAACGAACGAAGUUUUAAGUUCGAGAUAGGUUACGGGAACGUGAUUUGAUGUCCGGCAUGCAAGGCAAUAAUUCAGAGGAAAUAUCUGAUAGAAAUCUUGCCGAAGCUUUGCGUCGCCCGCUGCUUGAUUUUGAUGAGACCUACAGGCAAGCGAAUCUCUCCGAAGCACAGUCGACACGAACGGAAGCUCCGCGAGAAGAUGAGACGAGACGUCGGGUUCUUGUUCCUGCCUCUAUACGGACUGCGAGCGGGGGGCAAAGUGUCGCUCCCAGCACGGGAUCCCCGCCUGCAACUGCCAGUUCAGGCAGCAGGCUGCAAGAUGUACAAGGUCUUCGUCAUCAACCCGAGUCUCCACAAGAACGAGAUUUUGAUGAAACGCCGAUGGGAGAAGAUGGCGCGGAAAAUGCCGGCCCCGGCACCGUAGACGAAAUAUCGUGUCUCGCAGGAGUUGCGACUGCUCGAAACGGCCUGUAUCUGGUGCUGGUCGUGGUGGUGAUCCGACUUGUGUUGCUUGUUCUGGUUUGCGCAAAGGUUUUUUCGGAUUCACACGGUGGAGCUGCUGCAACAGCGGCACCUUUGACUUCGAUAUUCGGUGGGCUGCUAGGAAACGGCACCAGCAUAGAUGGCGGUGGUGGACAAUCUUCUUCCCCUGCAGCGACGGACCAGAGGCAGAGGGAUGAGAAGCAAACUGCUGAUGCCAGCAGUGGUGGAGCUAGUGGCGCGGCCACGACAAUACCGUCUUCCGUUGUCGCACAGUACUCUGCGCAGCAUGACCGGAUGUAUGUGAUUCCGGUUGUAGACCAAGACCGUAUACGCACCGCAAACGUAUCGUCCCACACGUAGUUUCUUACUACAAAUCGGAAAAAAUAAAAAAGAGGAGUAGCAGAAUGUGAAUCAUUUGAGAAAUUUGCAGGAUGAAGGAAGAUCGAAAAAGACCGGGUAAAGAUCAUCUGGCCCGUAUCUUCUAUUGCAAUCUGUAUGCAAAAAAUGCGUGGUGCGAUACUUUUGCACAGGAUACGGCAAAAGCGGUGACUUGCGAAGCUGUGGCUGGCAGCGUGCGACAUUACUUGCUGUGGAGUCUACGGACCUAUUCUUUCGUGAGAGAGCUAUCAAGUUUGUGGACGACCGCUCGCAUUCACGCCCUAUCGACGGUGCGCCAGGGAGCACGGUAAAUGCAACUGCUCGUGCGAGUAGCGGAAUGGACGAGAAUAUGAGCAGGCGUGCCGCCUCUCUCUUGCAUCUCGCCGAGACCGACAGAGCGCAAAGACCAAUUUACGAGAGGCAGUACGGCGAAGAGGAAGCGUUUUGGUCAUUCUCUAAUGAAAGGAAUGCCGCCGUGAUUCAGCCGAGCAACCUUGAGAUCGCUUUACACGCCUUCGUUGACGGGAAUUUCGUUACCCGCGGAAGCUAUGAAACGCUCCUCCCGUUGAGUGUCAUCGAGAACGCACCUGUUAGUGUCUUGCAGCUGCCAGUCACAUCAUUCGGAAAAAACGAAACAGAGGCAACAGGAAAACCGCUGGUCACAACACGGGAAGAGCAGGACGGGGCGGAUGGCCUUCUUGGAAACGUCAACGUCAACGAUCAAGGCGCCACGAGAUCAAUUUUCAAAGACUUCGCCGCGACCGUUCUGAGCGCACGUACACAAGCGGCUGCUGAUUCCACAUCUCCUAGUCCUCAGCUUCCCGUAGUGCGCUUGGUCGCGCUGGAAAGACGGCACAUCACAGCCUUGUUGACCGCAUUGGGCUGCACAGGUCGUCGUGGAGAGGACGACUCCAAAGAGCGGUCGUGCCACGAAAGAGUGACCCCUUACAUCCAGGCGAUGCGCGGAUUUGACUUAGAAAUCGAACAGCAAUUACACGGUGAAGCUGUCGCGGAGACCGUUGCAAGGAGAACGCAGAAGGAGCUUCUCCCUAGUCAGAAAGUGCACGCGGGCGACCUGUACUUCGAGUUGGAGUUCGGUUUCCGUCCUCUUCGUGGCAAUCACCCACCAGACACGAAGCAGACCAAUUUUUCAGACGAGCUAGGUCGUCCUGCAAGAAAUGCAACCCAGCUCGUGUUGCUCGCAAUCACGCCUCGAGUGACGCCCUUUUCUCGAAGUGUCUGUGAUGAGGGAGCCCUGGUUCAUGAUACUAACCGGGCGAGCAACAAUAAUUCCCUGCUAACGUUCUCACACCUCCUGGGACAACUGACCGGAGGGCCUGUGAUGUCGCAAACGACCUAG